UAAAUCAUCGCUUGAGGCUUGACUAAUAUCAGGUACAUCAAUGUUGCCUGAGGGCCCUGCUGUUUGGGCUGAAGCCCCACCCAUUAGUGAGACAACACCUCAGAGACAGGAACUCACCACACAACUAAUAUCACAAAUACAGCACGCACAUGCACCAUCACACACUUACACUGACAAACACACUCUGAACUUUUCACACGCUGGAGCGUUGUCCUGACCAGAUACUAACGCUGGCUGUGGACUGUGGAGCGGCUCUCGGCAGGCUGAAUACUCAGGACAGGACACUGCUGCUACAACCAGAGCAGGGAAGGUGCGCUCAAAUCGAGAUGGAAACAAGUCAGGAACGCAAGCCGAAAAGGCCCCACUACAUUCCACGACCACCCGGAAAGCCCUUCAAGUACCAGUGUUUCCAGUGUCCUUUCACCUGUAACGAAAAGUCCCAUCUCUUCAACCACAUGAAAUACAACCUGUGUAAAAACUCUAUCUCCCUGGUGUCACAGAAAAACAGGCAAACGGCUCGACAGUUUAAGGUUGUAGCAAAGGGAGUCCCUGUUAAAUCUACAGAUUGUCCAAGCCCCUUGCCAGCAGUUGAGAAUGACAGUCCAGAGAAACAGGGAGACGAGGAGAAUCAAGAUGAGAGCAAAGAUGACACAGAAGAACUAGAUACAGGGUGUGACAGUCCGGUCGGUAAUGACAGCCAGAGUGUGGCAAAAUCAAAUACAGUAAGAGAGGGAGAGAACAGUGAGAGCAAUGAGGCCAAGUCUCUACCACGCCCAUCUGCCUUUUCUCCUGUCACACCCAAAAAUGAGGGAGCAGAAGCCUUUAAGUCACCUGUGCAGCAGUCAGAGGAUUCACAGGCUCCUGCUGCUACUUUCAACCAACCAGGCUUCCCGUGGGGCAGGAUUUCAUCAUCCCUUCCCUUAAAACCAUUCCCCCCUCCCAUGGUUCCUGAAUACUCUCCUUAUCUCCUGCCAGACCGGUCUCUGUAUCCACCAUAUUACCUCCCAGGAAACCACCAUGCAAAUGAGCCAAACUCUCCUUCUUUCCGGCCAGAGUUUCUGGAUCCCAAAAGGCCUGUGGUACCGCAACCCAUUGCUCCAACUCACACUUCUCUCUUUCCCCCAUACCCAUACCCAUACAGAUACUGCCACCCUCUUCACCCGGGUCCUCCUCUGCAUUAUACCCUGUACAGACCCCAUGAGCUCUCCAUGCCAGUGACAGGACCCAGAUAUAUUCCUUUGGAUUUGUAUGGCUCGACAUUUGGGCCUAAGGACUAUGACUUAUACAUGCAUUCACAUCCCACUCACAACAGCCCCGACACAUCCAUGCAAGCGGAGAGCAACCAAGGGCAAAGUGGAGACAAGGAAAGAAGGUUAAGCCCUAAAGAGGGUUGUUCAGCCUUGGGGUCCCCUGACAGACCCAGUCAUGCACACACCAUCCAGAGAGACCCAGACGCCCUGCGCUUCACUAACAUGGUCGAGUCAGAGUCAACCACCCAACUAGGACACGCUACAACGCCGAUAGAAGUUGAUUUAAGAAAAGAGGAGUCUGCAGAAACUUUGCUGCAGUUAAGAACUCAGCAUGUGGAUGGAGGAUCAGCUGAGAGCAGCAGAUAUCCCUCUAUGUCUGUUUCUGAUCCAAGACCUGAAAGUACAUCAGUACAAGAUGAUGAGGACAACAGAGAAGAUGUGGCCCCCCUCAAUCUUUCGAAAAGGAAACCAGACAAAGAAAAAAGUCCAUCUGACCACAGACUGCAGUCUUCAGACACAGAGAAAUUAAAGCGGGAAGAGCUGCCUCUAAACCUCAGCUUGCGAACGUCUUAUAGCAGCCCUGUACUCAGCUCUGCCCAGAGCACUUCAGAAGACCUCCAACAGAGGCCAGACGCUGAGCAGGGUGAAGAACCAUGUGACCAGAGGCAGACCGCAGCACUGGCACUCUGUCAGCUAGCUAUUGCAAGCUCCGCAAUCACUACAUGUGACUUCACUGCCGCAGAUGGGCCGUCAGACGAUUACACAGACGCUACGAGUCCUUGCUCCCCAAAGAAGACCAAGCACACGACCAAGGCUAAGGCGACAGGCAUGAAAAGAGCAGACAGCGGUCAGGUUAAGAACAACUGCCAUAAACCAAACAAGAGAGCGAAAGCUGCAGGGCGGGCCCUGAGGAGGCGGCCUCGCUGCUGUUAAUUCUGACUGUUCAAAUAUUUGGUGAUAAGUACAGAAUAUCUCUAACCUUCAGCAAGCCUCCACAUGAGACAAUGAGAAUGAAAAUUGUGUUAAAAUAUUAAUCAAGCACUAAAAGAUUUUGUUAUUCUAGCAGGAGGAGAUGUGACAUGUCUAUAGCACUGCCACAAGGUGAACUGUACUAAAAAAGAUACUCGAUCAAUGCAAAGACUUCUUGUCACAGGUAUCUGUAUAAAUUAUGUCUUGUUCUCACACUUGAUUGGAAGAGGUGAAAGGCAAUUUUUCUAAAAGGGUUUUUUAAUAUUUAAUAAUGUAAUGUCGACAAUGGUAGAUGUGUUAAUGUAAAUAUGCUGGAAAAAUAAAUAACAAAAAAUGACUUGUGUACAA